UGGAGGAAAUAUUAUAAGAUGGUCCAGCACUUUUGACUUCCUGCUUCUCAGCCAAAGUAUCAGCGAUACGUUCCCAACUGGGUGAUAACCAGACAUGGAGUUUGCUGAGUUCAUUAAGAAACCUAUGGUAAACAAUGUGGUAUUGUGGAAGCCAUUCCGUAAAUCUGUAGAAGGGACUCUCUGUAUCACAGGACACCACCUCAUUCUGUCAUCAAGGAAGGACAACAAAGAGGAAUUAUGGCUGCUACACAACAAUGUUGACAGUAUUGAAAAAAAGUUGUCUCAGCCAGGUGGAAUCCUCUCGCUGAAGUGUAAAGAUUUCACUCUUGUUGCCCUGGAGUUUCAGUCAGCAGAGGACUGUCUGAAUGUCGGAGCAUCGGUAGAACAGCUGUCCAAUAUUGAUGACUUGACUUUGAGCUACCCAUUUUUCUAUCGUGCCAUGUUUGAGCCACUGGAAGAUGGAUGGCAGGCAUUUCUCCCAGAGAAUGAGUACACUCGUUGUAAGGAAUGCUCAGAGGAUUGGAGGCUUAGUUACGUCAACAAGGAUUAUUCGGUAUGUCCAUCAUAUUCACAUGCAGUUAUUGUUCCCAAGACAGUUGAUGAUGAAACUCUUGUGAAAGCGGCACAAUUUCGUCAACAUGGCCGAUUUCCGGUUCUGAGCUAUUACAGUAAACAAACAAAGGCAGUGAUGAUGCGGAGUAGUCAGCCCUUGACAGGCCAGAGCAAUAAGCGUUGUCGGGAAGAUGAAAAACUUGUCAACUCUGUCCUCGGCAUCGGCAAGCGUGGUUACAUAGUGGAUACACGAUCUUCUAGUGCAGCAAAGUCAGCCCAAAGCAAAGGUGGUGGUUAUGAGCCAGAAGCACACUACUCUCAAUGGAGAAGAAUUAACCAGCCCAUAGAACGUCGACAACAUUUCCAUGAGUCUCUGAUCAAACUAAUGGAAGCCUGCAAUGACAAUGGUGCGAGUAUGGACAAGUGGCUAUCUAAACUGGAGUCUAGCAACUGGCUCACCAACAUCAAAGACAUCCUUACCUGUGCUUGUACUGUAGCUCAGUGUAUGGAUUCUGAGGGAGCUUCUGUGCUGGUCCAUGGAUCAGAAGGACUAGAUACUACACUUCAAGUUACCUCCCUUGUCCAAUUGAUCCUUGAUCAUGACUGUCGCACCAUUAAUGGGUUUGAGGCAUUAGUGGAGCGAGAAUGGCUUCAAGCUGGUCACCCUUUCGGUGAUCGAUGUGCUAAGUCUGCAUACGCCACAACUAAGACUCGCCAGGAGUCGCCAGCAUUCUUACUGUUCCUAGACUGUGUCUGGCAGAUCUGGCAACAGUUUCCUUGUUCCUUUGAAUUUACUGAAGAUUUUCUCAUCUUGCUUCUACAACAUGCUUAUUCCUCGCAGUUUGGUACAUUCCUGUGCAAUAAUGAAAGGGAAAGAAAGCAUUAUCGCUUAUCAAAGAAAACUGUUUCUCUGUGGACCUAUUUAGCUCGACCAGAAGUAUUGGGUAGUUUCCUCAAUCCCAUGUAUGAUCCAAAUCCACGAGUCAUCUGGCCGUCUGUUGCCCCACAAAGUUUGAGUUUAUGGGCAGGACUAUACCAGCGAUCAAUAAUCAACCAAUCAAGGCAGAAGGAGGCGUGGCAAGAAAUCACAAAGAUUAGGGAGUACGACAAAGAACUGAGGUCAAAGGUUACAAAACUUCGAAGGCAAUUGGCAUCACUUGAGCGGGAGGCUGUGGGAGCGGGAGUGAUCAUGCCGGCUGGACUGGAUGUAGACUGUACCAUAGAUUAGAGAGGUUGUGAAAGUAGCAAAACAUGGACCAAAAAUGUCAGCCGUAAUAGCUAGAGAACUUCCAAGUAGCAUUUAUCAAAUCACAAGAAAUCUGUAGUUGUAGAUGUCAAAAAAUUGCCCAUCUGAAAACCAGAUUGACGGACUGAAUUUGUUUACAUUAUUACAAAAGUUUCACAAUAUUUCUAUUUGGUCACCAUUUCAAUUAGCAUAGUAGUAAUUUUAGUUUGCCUAACCCAAUAGUUUUUUUAUGAAAGACAAAUUUGCUUCUUGUUUGUGUGUUUUUUUUUUAAUUAGCUCAAAAUCAAAUUAAAUUUGAGAUCAAAAGUGGUUUUCUUUAGAUAUUCAAUUAUCUGUCAUUCUUAUUGUGAAACAAGAGACGCUUCAUCCUUAAUGUUAAUUUAGCCUGUUAUAAGGUUAUGGAUUUGUGAUAAAGACAGUGAUCCUAUUGUCAGUUUUUAUCACCAUCCUGCUAUUGAAUCCACUUUCACUGGUAAUAUUGUUCAAUUUUAGAAUUACAAGAACAGUAGAUUUUGUAAAUGAGAUAUACAAUUCUUCCUGUUCGGCGCUCUAACAUCUAGUGUAAAUGAAUUUUUUUUAAUCAAUUUUGGUUUUUGCCCCUAUUGGUUCCCCUUGGAGUUUUGUUGCCAAAUAUGGUUAAAUUCUGCACAGUGGUUUUGAAAGAGAAACAGUUCCAAACAGCAAAUGGCGAUACAUGGAACAUGAUGACAGUAGGUCAUUCUAACCAUUUAGGUCAAAUGAUGUAAAGACUACGAGAUAUUGGUGUAUAUGGUAAUUAUUAAUUAUGUUACAUGGCUACAGUUACUAGUAUUGAUGACUUCAAACAGUAAUUUAGAAAUGAAGGACAUCUUUUUACUCUCUAGAUAGACAUUGAUAAACAUCAUUGGUUUUGAAUUGUUAGUAGUCGCCUGUGUGUAAUUGUGAUAGCUCAGGUUAGUGACAUGCUGUGUGUUUGAUUACUUUAAAGCGUUACAUUCCUAAGAUCCAUGCAAUUUCACAACAAAAAAUAUUCGCACUUUAAUCCAUUCAACAGGACUGAGUAACGAUAUUAAUGGUUUUUAGAAGUAUUUUGAAAAGAAAUCCCAUCGGUCAUAUUUCACUAUCAUUUCAAAAUAAAUUUCAUGCUUAGUUAAAGUUUGAGUAUUGCUGAAAGCUAAGUUGUAUAUAGUCAUUUCUUAUGUCCAUUCAAGGUCAGUUUAGAUAUUACCUGUGUAUAGACAGGUCACACAGUUUUUACAAUGGAAACUAUUAGUCCUUUUUGGUAGUACAGGUGAGAGACUUCUGGUAUAUAUGACAAUAAGCCCAUACUUGUUAAUUAGCCUACCCAUACACAAUGUUUUCAAUGGUAUAACCAAAAGGUUAUCCAGAAUUAGAUUUGGAGUUCAUAUGGUGGCUCGAAGAUUCAAUAUGGGAGGAAUUAAACAGGAAUACAACAUUUUAUUUCAUGAUCAAUGUGUUACUCGGUGAUUGAAUUGAAUCAAAAAUGGCGCAACCAAAUGACUGUUCGAUUUUGUCCUCCAUAUUUUGAUUUAAAACCCUGUCAAAACUGGUUUUUCAUGGUUAUGUCAUAAAAAAUAUCUUUUUAUUUUAUAACACUCUUUUCAAAGUUUAAAUUUUUGAACCUAACUGAAAAAAACUUCUAAGACUUCUAUAAAUUAUCAUGAAAUGAAAACUUGUUGAAUAUCCAAUAUUGCAACCUCCUAAGUGACAGUUUGACAAAUGAACUAAUUAUGAUGCUGUCUGUCAUAACCCUGGCCUUAGUUAUAUAACCCUGACCCCUGACCUUAGUUACAUAACCUUGACCUUUAGUCUUAUAACCCUGACCAAAGUUACAUAACCCUGGCCUUAGUUAUAUAACCCUGACCCCUGACCUUAGUUACAUAACCUUGACCUUUAGUCUUAUAACACUGACCAAGGUUACAUAACCCUGGCCUUAGUUAUAUAACCCUGACCUUUAGUCUUAUAACCCUGACCUUGCUUACAUAACCUUGACCUUUAAUCUUAUAACCCUGACCAAAGUUACAUAACCCUGGCCUUAGUUAUAUAACCCUGACCUUUAGUCUUAUAACCCUGACCUUAGUCUUAUAACCCUGACCAAAGUUACAUAACCCUGGCCUUAGUUACAUAACCCUGGCCUUAGUUAUAUAACCCUGACCUUUAGUCUUAUAACCCUGACCUUAGUUACACAACCCUGAUCUUAGUUAUAUAACCCUGACCUUAAUUACAUAACCCUGACCUUAGUUACAUAACCCUGACCUUAGGUAAUGUUCUACCUAUUUUCUAUGCUUUGGUUUCCUAUAGUAAAGAUUGUAACACACACAUAUACAUGAUAUUCACAUCAAGUUUCUAAUACUACUCUAUCAAUUGAUCAUAACAUUUAAUUUCAUAAAUCUAAUGUUUAUUUUCUCUGUAUUGAACACUCCAGGUUGUUCUAAGUUUUGACACAGAGGUUACGAUGAUUGACAGAAUACUUGUUUUCAUGUCUCGGCAUGUAAACAUUGUACUAGUAGCUACUGGGGAUGUGCAAUACUCUAUAUUGAUAUCUUUAUAUUGUAACAAUGCUGGCCAUUUGUGAUGUUUAAAGUAAAGCUAUAAGCCAGGCCACACAUAUCACCAGUAUAUUUACCUGGGUACACAUUAAAUUGCAUUUUUUAAAUCAAUGUCAUAUAAAAGUCAGAUACCGUUGUUAUUUUGGUCCAAUAACUUUGUUAAUCAAAAGACACUCACUGGUCAAAAGCGAUUUAUUUUUUCUGAAGUUCAAAUUUUCAACAACCAUUUUGCCAAAAGCAUAAAGGAUGCGUUCCUAUAAAACAUAAAAUAGCCUGGUUUACUCACAAUAUUUUAUGUGGAUUUAUUCUGUUCUUGAAAAUGGCAAAAAUAAGCCCAUCAAAAAAUGAAACCACAAGACAUGGCUGAUAGUACAGAUUCUUAAACCCGAUUCUCAUCCACACAGAAAAUGGGAUUUUAAUAAAGUUCUCACAUCCAAACUUGUGUUCUCAUAAUCCUGACAUAAAUAUCCUUCAUGUCUUUUUACUGAACAUUGGCCAUUGAUUAUUUCAUCUCUUAGAUUUGAACUUAUUUCUGUAAAAAGAAAGGUAGUUAAAUGGUACCUGUAAGUACAUUUGUUUGUACAUUUUUUUUGUAUAGCCAGGGUUCUGACUAUCGAUACAUAAAAUAUAAAAUGGCUGAUAGAUAGAACCCAUCUGAGUAAUCAUAGGCGUAUACUGGUGAUAUGGCAAAGUAAGGCCUGUUGGUUGUUUACAUUGCUAUUUAUGUAAUUAAAUAUGUUUAAUGUCAAGAUGUGCUCUAUGGAAUUAAAA